UCAGUAGUUGCUUUGUGCAAAGAUAUUAAAGGGCAUACAUAGACAACGACUGUACUAAGCUAAUUUAUUCAUUCCGGAAGAGAAGAGAAGAGAAGAGAAGAAUGGCAGAUUCUAAAAACGCAGUGUCGUUUAAGCUUAUGAGUGGUCGUUCCAUUCCAGCUGUGGGAUUGGAUACUUGGAAAUCAGGUUCAGAAACCACCAACUCUGUCUUCACCUCCAUCGUUGAGGCCGGUUACAGACACAUAGAUACAGCUGCACAGUAUGGAGUUCAAGAAGAGGUUGGGCACGCUUUGCAAUCAGCCAUGGAAGCAGGAGUUGAAAGAAGGGCUAUUUUUGUCACCUCGAAGAUAUGGUGCUCAGACUUGUCCCCUGAUAGGGUUCGACCUGCUCUAAACAACACCCUUCGAGAUCUCCAAAUCGACUGCCUUGAUCUUUAUUUGAUCCAUUGGCCUUUUCUCCUGAAAAAAGGAGCAAGUAAGCCUCCCAAAGGUGGAGAGGUAAUGGAGUUUGACAUGGAAGGAGUUUGGAAAGAGAUGGAGAAGCUUGUGGAUGAGAACCUUGUAAGACACAUUGGCAUCUCCAACUUUACUCUUAACAAGCUCAAUACUCUUCUCAGCUUUGCUCAAAUAAAGCCUUCAGUUUGUCAGAUGGAAAUGCAUCCAGGUUGGAGAAAUGGCAAAAUGCUGGAAGCUUGCAAAAAGAAUGGCAUUCAUGUCACUGCCUACUCACCAUUGGGAUCAUCGGAAGGUGAAGGUGGUAGGGAUCUGAUAAACGAUCCAACGGUGGAGAGGGUAGCAAAGAAGCUGAACAAGAGCCUAGCCCAAGUACUUGUCAAAUGGGCCCUCCAAACAGGAACAAGCGUAAUCCCAACAACAUCAAACAACCCAGAUAGUAUUAAAGAGAACAUUCAAGUGUUUGGCUGGGAAAUCCCUCCCCAAGACUUUGAAGCUCUUUCUACUCUCUCUGAUCAGAAGCGAGUAGUAGAUGGUGAGGAUUUGUUUGUGAACAAGGAAGAAGGUCCAAUCAUGAGCGUAGCUGAUGUGUGGGACAAUGAGGACUAAUCUCCUGUUUGGUUGUGUUGUAGUGGAUGUUUGGCUUUAAUUUUGAUAAAACAAUAUUAUCAACAUCAACCCCAAUUAUCAAGAUAUUAUAACAUGAAUUGCUAUUUUAGUUUUGAAAUAUCUACAAUGAAACUUUAUAGAUGUUGGAUCACUA